CUCUGCGACGCGGCAGGUGUACUUUACCGCUCAAUCCGGCCUGCGCUUCCGGUGCGGUCUCCCAUGCACUCGCGCUUAUUCAUGCACUACCGCUUAUGCUCUUUGAGAGAACCUACUCGUCAAGUCUUGAGGCAAUCCGAGCUUAUGCGCGCGGGACGAGACGAAGCGAUGUGCGGCACGGCGUUCAUGCUCGUAGGGUGUUUGUAUGGUUGGAAGGUCCCCGUCUACUAG